AUGGAAGCGCUGACGCUGUGGCUUCUCCCCUGGAUAUGCCAGUGCGUGUCGGUGCGGGCCGACUCCAUCAUCCACAUCGGUGCCAUCUUCGAGGAGAACGCGGCCAAGGACGACAGGGUGUUCCAGCUGGCCGUAUCAGACCUCAGCCUCAACGAUGACAUCCUGCAGAGCGAGAAGAUCACCUACUCCAUCAAGGUCAUCGAGGCCAACAACCCGUUCCAGGCCGUUCAGGAAGCCUGUGACCUCAUGACCCAGGGGAUUUUGGCCUUGUCACGUCCACUGGCGUGCGCUCUUGCCAACGCCCUGCAGUCACUCACAGAUGCGAUGCAUAUCCCACACCUCUUUGUCCAGCGCAACCCAGGGGGGUCUCCGCGCACUGCCUGCCACCCUGAACCCCAGCCCUGACGGUUGAGGCCUACAACGCUGGCCUCCAGACCGCCCGUGCGCCUCAAUGACGUCAUGCUCAGGCUGGUGACAGAGCUGCGCUGGCAGAAGUUUGUCAUGUUCUACGACAGCGAGUAUGAUAUCCGUGGGCUCCAAAGCUUUCUGGAUCAGGCCUCGCGGCUGGGCCUUGACGUCUCUUUGCAAAAGGUGGACAAGAACAUUAGCCAUGUGUUCACCAGUCUCUUCACCACGAUGAAGACAGAGGAGCUGAACCGCUAUCGGGACACACUACGCCGAGCCAUCCUUCUGCUCAGCCCGCAGGGGGCCCACUCCUUCAUCA